GGCUCUUGAUUCUUCAAUAUUCCUUACAAAUAGGAGUUUCUUUAUCCAACUAAUUCUUAUCCACUACCCCCCUUCAACACCCUUUUUCCUUCUAUAAAACCCCUUUCUCACUCUUCAUUCCAACACUUUUCUAAAAAUUCUCACUCCAAAUUUAAUUAUCAAACACCCCCCAAAUUUGUCCCAAACCCUCCUUACACUAAUCUAUCAAAGAAAUAAUUAACAUUUUGUAACAUUCCUUAGAGAAAAUAAAUUAUCUCUCUUAAAAUCGCGGUAUUAAAAAACAUACGAAUGGGAUUCCUAGAUAGACUAUGGGAUGAAACAUUAGCCGGACCUGCACCCGAUAAGGGUCUAGGUAAACUCCGGAAGUAUAAAUCAUUAUCAGCCGCUCGAUCACCCGAUCAUCCCAUUGUUACUAACACUACUCGUUAUCAAGAUCAUGAUCGUCGCGAUGAUCAUGAUCAAACGGUUCCCGUUUCUCGUAGCAUUACCAUCCUUCGUACCAAGAGUCUUACGGUUGAACCUGAAUCUGCUGCUUCUUCCCCUUCUUCUACCUCUAGUGGUCCCUCCUCUUCUUUCUCACCAACGGGAAAGAGUCCGGAUUUGAAGCGACGAAUGAUGAGGAAAAAACCGACGUUUGAACCGUCGGAACAUGCUGAGCCGACUAGCCCUGUUUAUGACUGGAUCAUGAUAAGUGCUUUGGACCGUUAACAACAAUGGCCUGGACCCUGGAGAGUGACAAUUUUCUUUUUUGCUGGUUGGACAUCCCUUUUAUAAAAAGUAUUAUAUAGUUUUAAUAUACGUAUUAUAUAUAAUCACUUUAUAUAAGGUACGUAUAAUACUACGAUACAAUUAACUGGGGUACUAAUGCAUUAUGAAGUUUAAUCUUCAUAAAAAGAUGGAGUUUCCCUACUAAUACAAGGGUCAAUAAAAAGAUGGUUGACACUUUAGAGUUUUUUCAACCAUUUGGCUUUUGGGCUUCUGAUAGGAAAAGAAGAAAUGUGCCCCUUUUUUUUUUGGAAUUUUUUUUUUCUUUUUGUAAAUUUUUUUCUUGGGGCCAAUGUAUAUAUUUUAUGGACCCCUUUUAGAUUUAAUAAUUUGUAGUUUUGUACAUAUUUCUCUUUAUUUCCUUAGCUUGCCUUUAGGUAUUGUAAAAAUGUUGUAACAUCUUGUGCACCUUUCUUCAAUUCUAAUGGAAGCCCACUUAUUUUCACAA